AUGGCAAGAGUUUCGUGGGAGAAACCUGUGAGGGGAGAUCCAAUGCAUAGAUUGUGGAUCAAACUUCAUAGACUGAAAGCUGAUGUGAAGAAGACUACUAUUGGGAGGGUUAAGCAGCUUUCAGAGGAGCUUAUCAAAUUACAUAAUCAUGAGGAGGCUAGGCUUAUACAGAGGACCAAAAUAAAUUGGAUCAGACAAGGUGAUGAGAACUCUCAUUUUUUCUAUGCAUACCUAAAAUCUAGACAAAACAGAAACUGUAUAAAAUAUCUGCAGAGAGAUAGUGGUGACAUUGUUUCUGGUCAGAGUGAUAUGGAGAAGGAAGUCAUGGAUUUUUACAGUAGUUUAAUGGGGGACAGUGCUAAGAGUAUAAAAUAUAUUAAUAUUGAAGCCAUGAGAGAGGGAAAGCAACUUGAAGUGCAUCAUAAACUCUUCCUUGAGGAUGUUAGGGAGGCUGUCAACGAGUUCUUCAGCACAGGGAUGAUGCACAAACAAUUCAAUAAAACUGUGGUCACUCUAAUACCUAAGGGUGAUAGUGCAAAGAGCAUUAGAGACUUUAGGCCUAUUGCAGGCUGCACAAUUUUUCUGAAGAUUGUCUCAAAAGUCAUAACUGCAAGAAUGAGAAGUGUCAUGCCUGAGAUCAUCAAUAAGAACCAAGCUGCCUUUGUAGCAGGGCAAGAUAUCCACAAUCACAUCCACUUGGCCUAUGAACUAAUAAAAGGAUAUGGUAGGAAAAAAGGCACACCUAGAUGUAUGUUCCAAAUAGACCUUCAAAAGGCCUAUGAUAUGUGUGUUGCAAAUGUUCUGAAUGCGAUUCCCAUAUAUUCGCUUUCGUUUUACCGUGCUCCAAAGAAGGUUUUAAAAGAAAUCGUUAGCAUCCAACGUAAAUUCUUAUGGAGAGGGGUGGAUGGAGGUGGUGGGAUUAAUUGGGUUAGUUGGCGUAGUGUUUGUAAGCCGAAGGCGGAAGGUGGGCUAAGCAUCCGUGAUGUCGAUAGCAUGAAUGUGUCCCUUCUCAUGAAGUGGAAGUGGCGAAUCAUGACAGAGGAAAACGCAAUCUGGUCUAAUAUCCUCAAGCAUAGAUACUCCAAACCCGUGGUGAAGAUGUUUGUCAAUGACAAAGUAGUUUUAACCCGGAACGACUCCAUUUGGUGGCGGAAUUUGUUAAUGAUUAAUGACUGUGCUGGAUCCAAUGGUGUUUCCAUCUCUGACUUGUUUUUUUGCAGGGUAAAUUCCGGCGAGAAUGUGUCUUUUUGGUUCAGCAAGUGGGCUGGAAACCAAGUCAUUUCCGAAGCCUUCCCAGAACUUUACAACCAUGCGAACAACCCAUGUAUGACUGUGGCGGACGCUGGUUUUUGGCAAGAUGGAACUUGGGUCUGGGACAGCGAUCGUUGGAUUCGUAACGAUGACGAAGAGACCGUUUCGGAGUUACUGGAGCAGCUGGUGGAUAUGCUGCCUCUGUUGGAUCCGGCAAGCACGGGCAGGGACGAAUUUAAUUGGGCAGAGGACGAUUCGCACAGCUUCACUGUAAAAGAUUGUGUGACAAUAAUUAAGAGAGGUGGUUUUUCUGUGGGGCUGCAGGAAGAGGUUCUGAGCAGGAUUUCUUUCAUUUGGAAGCUCAAAAUUCCUUCUAAAGUGGGAAUUUUCUUAUGGAGAUUUUCUUUAGCAAGAUUGCCUACUAAAGAUCAACUGAAAAAGAGAGGGAUCCUGAACGAAGAUAGCGACUGUUGCUGUGUGUUUUGUUUUCAGGUUUUGGAGGACAAUUACCACCUUUUUGAUGGGUGCACUAUUACUAGAAGAAUUUGGCACAAAGUAGGAGAGUGGAUUGGAACAACUUCGAUUAAUUUAUCGAACGAAGAGCUGAGGAACUUUCCGGAUAACUUCACAAAAAUUAAGGUGGUAGACGAACGAUUAACUGUAGGUAUCAUUUGGUCGGCGGUUCUGUGGAAUUUGUGGAUUAUUCGUAAUAGCAUUCUGUUUAGUGGUAACGUGUUUACCUUUGACGAGUGUUAUAGUGCUAUAGUGCUCACCUCGUGGAAAUGGUUUAGGUCAGUUAAUGAUUCUUCUACGGCUUGUAAUUUUCACUUUUGGAACAUUUUACCUCUGUCUUGUAUAAAGAGGUAA